CACUGGCUUGUUAAACAUACCACAGAUUGAGGGACGUCCACUAAUGAAACUCUGUCCCUCCCCCUCUUGCUCUUUACUUUCCUCACUCACAGUAUUUCCCUCAGUCUGCUGCUGCUUCAGCGUUCACAACCUCGAGUCCCAUUCAAGAUCCCCGAGAUCUCCCACUUGUGAGGAGCACAAGCGAGGCCAGCAAGUACAAAGAUGUCUGUCCCACUGUCUGUGCUGAUAUGUCUGUCGACGGUCCAGCUCUGCAUGGGAGAUCAGCUUGUGGAGGAAGUCAUCACAACAAAGAAAGUUCCUCUCCUGGGCGGCUGGUUCGAGAGGAAUCCAGAAUCAGCCGAGGUUCAGAAGGCAACUGAACAGGCUGUGAAGAUGUUCAACGCACGAUCCAAGAGCAAGCGUGUGUUCAAGCUGGUUUCCAUCACCGCUGCUCAGACUCAGGUGACCAACAUGAUCAACUUCAGGAUCGACGCCGUCUUGAGAAAAACCAAGUGUCUCAAGUCCGAAAACCCCGACUUGGAGAAUUGCAGUUUCGAUAAAAAGCAUCUGAAGUGCCUCUUCGAUGUGACCUUCAACCCACGCGACAACAAACACGAGCUGCAGAAUCACAAGUGCAAGAAAAUCAUCCCGGACAAAGUUGAACUUUUGGAUUGACUGAACAUUUUCACACUGUAGUUUAGCUCCAUAGCUUUGACUCCUUAACUCAAUAUAGUGUUGAUGAGUUAAGAGCUGGAUGGGUUGGUCUCAAUAAAGUUUGUUUUGAAGAGC